AUGGCUGCCGAGACGGAGGAAGGCAGCGAGGCAGUGCGACGGUCGGCCCAAUUGGCCGUCGGCAACUGUCGGGUUCGUGACGGGUUCAAAUCGGGUUCCUGGCCCGGCCACACGGCCCGACUUCGGCCAGGUUACAUAAUGGGAAGCUUCCACGCACCUAUUCGUGCCAUAUCGCACGCAAUAACAUUUACCACCCGCCACGUGCCCACCGUCCACGUGCUUGGCGUAGCUGCAUGUUGGCCAAAUCACGCCAUGCACACCUCGCCUUCGCAGUUCGGGUCCGGUGGAUCGAAUAUUAAGACUGCGAUAGCUAUUUUAAAUUGUAUAUUAGCCCGACAACUCUGUUUCGAGGAUCCAUCAUGUUCAGCCAUCCUAGAGAUCAUCCCGCGCGUCUGCGGACCGGUGCCAGUCGCUUGCAGCACCGUCACCGUUACGAAAUGCCAAGCCGCCCUCCGGACGCUGCAGGCAUUUCCCUUUUUCCGGCCCACCUGUCUGUGCAAGGAACCGGGCAUCGAUCCGGACUGUAAUUACUUUCGGGACUUCCUGUUCGAUCAUCCUUGCGGUUUCGUGUCGAAGAAAGAAAAAGACCCGUACCCGGUGGAUGCACUGCCCACGUGCAACCAUGCACUGUCUGUGUGCCAGCAGGAGCGAAAGUGUAUUAAACUAUUUGAAGACUUUAAGCUUCACUGCAAAGUGCGGGAAAACAAGUGCCGCAUGGAAGAUAGGGAUUUAUGCUACGAAGCGUGGACUAAUCUGAGAUUAUCACCGAUGUUCGGCUGCAUCUGCCCGAAUAAUCACAUGAAGCGUAGAUGUGAUAAAAUAUUUAGCGUUGUUAACCAUAAUCCGUGCGUCGAUGUACUUCCUUCUGCACUCGAUAUAUCAUCCGGCACCGCCACCAACUCCAUCUAUCCGAACUUCUAUCCCUCCGACAUCAUUGAAGAUCCCCCGCCGACCAGCACUUACCCCUACUUCCUGUUUCCGUCGCGCAAGUACCCACCGUCCGCGUUCGGGGCCGCCAUCUACAGCGCCACCGUGGACUACAUUAAUCUACCCGAUGGCGCUUCCGGCCCCGGUAGCAACAGCUCCGCCGGUGGUUCCGGCUCCGAACAAGAUCAAUCCUCCUCCUCCUCCUCUUCUUCGUCGUCCUCUUCAUCCGUGCAUCGGCAGCACCCGGGCACGGAGCACAGCUAUCGCACUAGAUAUGAGCACAAUUCUGACACCUUGCACCACACCAAGCACCAAAGUACCACUCACAGUAGCCAUAAUGCACCGAUCGCAAGCGGCGAGCACCACCCGGCACCGCCGCACAAUCACAGCCGAUCACAGCCGUGGCCCGAUCAGCACCAGCACCAGCUGCCGCAGCACCAUUACACGGAGAGCCGGUGGGACAGCAUGACCGUCCCCGCCGACCUCCAGCAGCUACCGGAGACGGUCGGCUCCGAUGACAUCGAGGAGAAGGAGGCGGAAAUGAGUUUUAUUCAUUUCCAAAGUACGUGCCACCUGGCGCUGGACGCGUGCCGCGAUGACCAGGUCUGCUCGUCGGCCCUGAAGACGGUGCUGCUGCACUGCGAUCAGCACCGGUGCAAUCGGAACGCCUGCAUGGAGUCGCUGCAGCACUUCUACAAGACCAUCCACGACGAUCUCAGCCUCGACAUUGCGUUCUGUCUGUGCAGGAAAACGCCCAACCGGCACGAUAGCUGCAUGAUCGCGCAGGAGAAGCUGCACCCGGUGUGUGCCCAGCGGCCACCGGAGAGCCUCAGCCAGCAGCAGCAGUCUUCAUCGGGCGCCGGCGGGGCCGUCCUGUACAAUGCUCCGCCGGCGUGCCACGCGGUGGCCGAGCUGUGCCGCGAAGAUGAAGACUGCCGGGCGCGGCUCGAGGUGUUCGAACAGUCCUGCGCGGUGGACAGUGUGACCAAGAAGUGUGCCGGAAAGACGAGCGCUUGCAGGCAGGCUAUGCUUGGCAUUCUGGGCACCCCGCUGAGGACGACCUGCGCCUGCCAGGGUUCCGAUAUGCAGCAGCUCUACGACUGUCUCGGCUGGCAGCGGCUGCUCUGGCUCAACCCAUGCGUCGUGGAGUCACAAAAAGACUUUCAUCUGAAGCGCCUGGCGGAGCUCGGACUGCUGACGACCACGACGACGAUGCAGACAACCAUCAGCACAACCACGACGACCAUGAGAACAACCCGGAUGACUCUACCGCCAACACCACCACCGACGAAACCGAAACCGGUGUACCGACCGAAGCCGACGGAGAUCCAUACGAUCGAAACGAACUACGUAGAGACUCCCGACACGCGGCCAGAGACGCUACGUCAGAACCAUAACGGGCUGAUCGAGCGGACGGAUCUGGAGCGCUCCGACGAGGACGAUCGCCGCCGUCCAAACCCGACGCCCGACGAGAAGGACGAUGACGACGACGAUGAUGAAGAUUCCGAACGGCGGACCAACACAGUCCAGCGGCACGACGAGCAAGUUUUGCACGUCGUAAGUACGGAGGUUACCGAAAUGGAAACGCUGGCCCCGACGACCAUCACCACGACGACUACCACUGAGCCCACGACCACACCCGUUCCGAUUCGGUACUGCGUGGUCCAGCGAUCGCAUCAACCGGACCAGCUGAUUGCUGAGGGCAAAAGUCGUCGGCUGUACAUCCUGGAUGACGCAGAGUGCAGUGAGCUGUGCACGUGCGGUGGCGGUGGAGAAUCCUUGGCCCUGACCUGUCACGCCCUGUGCGUACCGCUCGCACCCUGCCGGACGGCUCUCGCGUACUACAGCCACGCCGCACCGGCAUACCAGGCAUUCCGAGGCCGGUGCCUGUGCUACUCGGGGCGCUUCAUCUGCAUGAGGCCUCCUCCCGGCGAAUAUCUGUUGCCAGGUGGCAUCUUUCUAUUACUAGGUUAUAGUUCUACCGACGAAGCACUGUUAAGACCGCACACAAACUUAGGAGUACAGGAUGCCGUACGUGCCCUUCAGCAGUACGUCCUGCAGCAUAUAGACAAUUCGACACUUUGUACAAUAACACUGUUCAACAUCACCGAAGAAAACAUCAUCCUUUCGAUACGGCUCCCGCUCGACCCGAAACUCACGUCGAUGCAGCUGCUAAAGCAGGAGAAGGAUCAGUGCACACGGAUCCUCGAAACGAUCAGCCAUCAGAUCAACACGCAGUACGUGGAGCUGUCCGCGCACCGAUUGCUCAGCAUCUUCAAGAUGGCCGAGGUGCAGAUCGUUUGGCCCGAAAUCAGCCACGCACGCCGCACGUAUACGACCCCGCCGGUGGCCCUCAGCCUCGGGAUGGUGGUGCUCACCGUGCUCGGCACCGUGCUGUUACCACCGUUCGUCCGGUGGAACCACCAGCAACGGUGGCCAGCCGAGCGACCCGUACAGCGUCCCAUCACCACGUGA